AUGUCUUGUUGUGGGAAGGAGGAAAAAAUACUGGACGACAAAAUAGAGGAGAAAGAAGACGACGUACCUCUUUCUGAGCAACUCUCUAAGGGUAUCAAAGUAGUUGUUCUUGGUGAAAUGGCGACUGGCAAAACAUGUAUACUUCACCGCUGGGUGACAAACGAAUUUGUACGACAAACUGCAACAGUGGGGUGUGCGUAUAGUUCAAAAACAAUCACUUAUAACAAAAAGCUGAUUAAAUAUGAAGUUUGGGACGCAGCAGGACAAGAACGGUACAGAUCACUCUCUUCAAUUUAUUACCGCAACGCCACGGUUGCCUUAUUGGUCUACGACAUCACUCGGGCAGAAACGUUCAGUGCUGUCACUGAUUGGGUGGAAGAAUUGAAAACAAAAGCUCCUGAUAAUGUAAUGAUAAUCAUUGUAGGCAACAAAAACGACCUUGAAACUGAGAGAGCAGUUAACAAAGAGAGUGUGACUGAUUUCAUUAAAACAAGUGACCCACGCAUCAUCGCUAAUAUGGAGUGUAGUGCAAAAACCGGAGACAACAUCAAUGAGAUAUUCGAAGUGAUUUCCAAGCGACUUCUUGAGAUGUGUAAUGAACAAUGA